AUGUCCCUGUACUCGCAACCCCAUCCCGGUCAACACUACAUGUAUGUCUCGGCGCCACCACCACCACCCCACCACAUGAUGAUACCAUAUUCGCCACUCGCCGCCUUACCCUCCGGUUCUUUCCCUUCCUACCCCAACCCCCACAGCCCGCACCCACACCCCUCCACCCAUCCCAAUCCCGCCUAUAGCGCCCGUACCCUCGCACCAGCACCCAUGCCCCUAUCCAAUCUCCCAAGCUACCCUAGCCCCUACGGCCCGCAGAGCCCGGCGGGUAGGAGACCGCAAACGGGUGGGGCGGAGAGGAAUGGGCCACCGACGUUGGCGCCGGCGCCACCGCAGCAGGGACAGCAACAGCAACAGCAUCAGCAACAACCGCAGCAUUUUAGUCCGUAUGCGCCUGUUGGAGCCGGGGCGGGGGCGGAUCGGCAGUUCAAGGUCAUGGUUCCUGGGGAGAGGAGGGAGAGUCGUUAG